AUGGCUAAAUCGGCUAAAUCAGUCAGUAUUGCAAAGGCACAAGUACCAGUUUCUUGUCACUUUUGCAACGGAUUAGGGACUAAAUGGAAAUGUGAAGAGUGCGAUGUUUUUAUGUGUAGUUCCUGCAAAGAGAAAGUUCAUGGAAAAUUGAAAUCUUCUCAAAACCAUGAAGUAGUUUCGAUUUCUGAUAUUUCAAAGGAUCCGCUUGAUUCCAUCGAAGUUGCGUCUGAGGUAGUUUCUUCUGUUUUCAACACUUAUAAUAUUACCGUGCCAUUUGUUUCUUGCUUGUCGUGCUCAAAUGAUGAUAUAGUUUACAUUCUCGACAACAGUGAACCAACGAAAUGCAAUUUUAUUAAAGUGAAACUACUGAAAGCAUCAGUUAGGGUACUAGAAACUCAUGAUCUACCAAUGUAUGACUUUGCAUUGAACAGGAACGACGAAAUACUUUUUACUAAUAUACAUUCAGAAGAAGAGAGUCCCGUUCGCAUUAUUUCGUCGGGUGAAAUCACAACAGUGUUGGACCCCAAACCGAUGCGAUUAACUGCUAUACAUAUAAACAAAGAUAACGAAUUAAUAUGUGGUUUACGAGAACAAGGACCGACUUUCCCAGUGCAUGAUUUUUCCGUGCGUCAAAUUGUAAUUUUUGGUAGUGACUAUCGACGAAAAAUUACUUUGGAAAAUGAUACUAAGGGUAGAAAGCUCUUUAGGAGUCCUGCUCGUAUCAGCACCGAUUCGAAAAACGUUAUGUACGUUGCUGAUAUAGAGAAUGAAGAUUGGAAAGGAAAGCUACUAGCGAUAGACAGAUCUGGGCGUUUGCUUUUUUCAUACAGGGGACCGCCUAGCUUAGAAAAAAUCGGACCGACUUCGUUGGAUGUUACACCAACAGAUUACAUCAUACUCUUAGAUGUUUUUAACAAUGCUUUACAUGUUUUGGAUUCCAAAGGAAUCCUUCUUGCGUUACAGUUUCUUAACCAGUUUGAUAUAGAAAAAUCGGUUGCUAUAUGCAUCGACAAGGAGGGAUUCCUGCUAAUCGGAAGUAGCUCUGAUGAUGAUGAUGAUGAUGAUGAUGAAAAUGGAAAACUUUAUGUCGUGAAGUUAGCAGAUCAAUUCAUGCGAUAUUGA